AUGGAGUUGUUAGUUGCUUCAAUCUCUCUCUCUCUCUCUCUCUCUCUCUCUCUCUCUCUCUCUCUGCGCUCACACACACAUGGCCUGAAACAGACUGUUGCCACUUGGGUUGUUUCAUUUUCUUUCUAUCAUUUAUUUCUCUUUUCUUUCUAUCAUUUUCGUUCUAUCUUAUUUCUCCCUUUUCUUUCUAUCAUUUUCAUCCAUUUUCUUUCUAUCAUUUUCUGUUAUUUUCUACCAUUUUCUUCCUAUCAUUUCCUACCAUUUUCUUUCUAUCAUUUUCUAUUAUUUUCAUUCAUUUUCUUUCUAUCAUUUCCUACCAUUUUCUUUCUAUCAUUUCCUACCAUUUUCUUUCUAUCAUUUUCUAUUAUUUUCAUUCAUUUUCUUUCUAUCAUUUCCUACCAUUUUCUUUCUAUCAUUUUCUAUUAUUUUCAUUCAUUUUCUUUCUAUCAUUUCCUACCAUUUUCUUUCUAUCAUUUUCUAUUAUUUUCAUUCAUUUUCUUUCUAUCAUUUCCUACCAUUUUCUUUCUAUCAUUUUCUAUUAUUUUCUUUCUAUCAUUUUCUAUUAUUUUCAUUCAUUUUCUUUCUAUCAUUUCCUACCAUUUUCUUUCUAUCAUUUCCUACCAUUUUCUUUCUAUCAUUUUCUAUUAUUUUCAUUCAUUUUCUUUCUAUUAUUUCCUACCAUUUUCUUUCUAUCAUUUCCUACCAUUUUCUUUCUAUCAUUUUCUAUUAUUUUCAUUCAUUUUCUUUUUUCCUACCAUUUUCUUUUAUCAUUUCCUACCAUUUUCUUUCUAUCAUUUUCUAUUAUUUUCUUUCUAUCAUUUUCUUUAUUUUCAUUCAUUUUCUUUCUAUCAUUUCCUUUUCUUUCUAUCAUUUUCCAUUUUCUUUUCAUUUCCUAUUUUCUUUCUAUUAUUUUCUAUUCUUUCUAUCAUUUUCUAUUAUUUUCAUUCAUUUCUUUCUAUCAUUUCCUACCAUUUUUUCUUUCUUCAUUUCCUACCAUUUUCUUUCUAUUAUUUUCUAUUAUUUUCUUUCUAUCAUUUUCUAUUUUCAUUCAUUUUCUUUCUAUCAUUUCCUACCAUUUUCUUUCUAUCAUUUUCUAUUAUUUUCUUUCUAUUGUUUUCAUUCGUUUUCUUUCUAUCAUUUUCAUUCAUCUUCUUUUAUCAUUUUCAUCCAUUUUCUUUCAAUUUUAUUUUCUUUACUUUUAUCAUUUUCUACUCUUCUAUCAAUUAUUAUGGUUUUCUUUUUCUUACUUUCAUAUUAAAUCAUUUUUUAUUUUAUUUCACUUUUAAUAUUUUUCCCAUUAUUUACUUUUCAUUUUCUAAUCUUUUUCACUUUCAAUUCAUUUUUUCUUCAAUUGUUAUCCUUCUUUCAUUUUCCUUCUAUCGUUUUCUUUCACCUUUCAUUUUUGAUCAUUUUCUUUCUAACAUUUUUUUUUGUUGA